GGCCCUGGGAUCCGGAAACACCUGUGUUGUCGCGCAGUGUUUUUCUCGGCGGGACCUCGUGACCAGGGACUGGGGUGUCCUCUAGCCGGGUCUCCCGGGGCGGUCCGGCGGCUGCCACAACCUGGGCCGCGGCCCGGUGCACUGUUGUGGGACCCGCGUUUGCCCCCAGCUAUGCCCACGGCCGCAGCCCCCAUCAUCAGCUCGGUCCAGAAGCUGGUUUUGUACGAGACCAGAGCCUAUUCAUUUAAGAAGACUGAUGUUAUUGUGUUCAGCUAUAAUGCUCCAAGAGAUACUUUCUAGUUGGGAGCAAUCAUGCAGAAACGAAGUAUCGCGUCUUAAAAAUUGAUAGAACAGAACCAAAAGAUUUGGUCAUAAUUGAUGAUCGGCAUGUAUAUACUCAACAAGAAGUACGAGAACUUCUUGGCCGCCUGGAUCUUGGAAAUAGAACAAAGAUGGGACAGAAAGGGUCCUCUGGGUUAUUUCAAGCUGUCUCAGCAUUUGGUGUCGUAGGUUUUGUCAGGUUUUUAGAAGGCUAUUAUAUUGUGCUAAUAACUAAAAGGAGGAAGAUGGCAGAUAUUGGAGGCCAUGCAAUAUACAAAAUAGAAGAUACAAAUAUGAUCUAUAUACCCAAUGAUUCUGUAAGGAUUACUCAUCCUGAUGAAGCUAGAUAUCUGCGAAUCUUUCAAAAUGUCGACCUCUCUAGCAAUUUUUACUUUAGUUACAGUUAUGAUUUGUCCCACUCACUUCAAUAUAAUCUUACUGUUUUGCGAAUGCCCCUGGAGAUGUUAAAAUCAGAAACAACCCAGACUCGCCAGGAGAGUUUUGACAUCUUUGAAGAUGAAGGAUUAAUUACACAGGGUGGAAGCGGUGUGUUUGGGAUCUGUAGUGAACCUUACAUGAAGUAUGUGUGGAACGGCCAACUUCUGGAUAUAAUUAAAAAUAGUGUGCAUCGUGACUGGUUGUUAUAUAUUAUUCAUGGGUUCUGUGGACAGUCGAAGCUGUUGAUCUAUGGGCGACCAGUGUAUGUCACUCUAAUAGCUAGAAGAUCCAGCAAAUUUGCUGGAACUCGUUUUCUCAAGAGAGGCGCGAACUGUGAGGGUGAUGUUGCCAAUGAAGUAGAGACUGAACAGAUACUGUGCGAUGCAUCCGUGAUGUCAUUUACUGCAGGAAGUUAUUCUUCUUAUGUGCAAGUUAGAGGCUCGGUUCCCCUGUACUGGUCCCAGGACAUCUCCACCAUGAUGCCAAAACCCCCUAUUACAUUGGACCAAGCAGAUCCAUUUGCACAUGUGGCUGCUCUGCACUUUGACCAGAUGCUUCAGAGGUUUGGCUCUCCCAUCAUCAUCUUGAAUUUGGUGAAGGAGAGAGAGAAAAGAAAGCAUGAAAGAAUUCUGAGUGAAGAACUAGUUGCUGCUGUGACCUACCUUAAUCAGUUUUUGCCUCCUGAGCACACUAUUGUUUAUAUUCCUUGGGAUAUGGCCAAGUACACCAAAAGCAAGUUGUGCAAUGUUCUUGAUCGACUAAAUGUGAUUGCAGAAAGUGUGGUGAAGAAAACAGGUUUCUUUGUAAACCGCCCUGAUUCUUACUGUAGCAUUUUAAGGCCAGAUGAAAAGUGGAAUGAACUAGGAGGAUGUGUGAUACCCACUGGUCGCCUGCAGACUGGCAUUCUUCGAACCAACUGUGUGGACUGUUUAGAUCGCACCAACACAGCGCAGUUUAUGGUGGGAAAAUGUGCUCUGGCUUAUCAGCUGUAUUCCUUGGGACUGAUUGACAAACCUAAUCUGCAGUUUGAUACAGAUGCUGUUAGGUUGUUCGAGGAGCUCUAUGAAGAUCAUGGUGAUACCCUGUCCCUUCAGUAUGGUGGUUCUCAACUUGUUCAUCGAGUGAAAACAUACAGAAAGAUAGCACCGUGGACCCAGCACUCAAAAGACAUCAUGCAGACUUUGUCCAGAUACUACAGCAAUGCCUUUUCAGAUGCAGACAGACAAGAUUCCAUUAAUCUCUUCCUGGGUGUUUUCCAUCCCACUGACGGGAAACCUCAUCUCUGGGAACUCCCAACAGAUUUUUAUCUACAUCACAAAAAUACCAUGAAACUUUUAUCAACAAGAAGAAGCUACACUUACUGGUGGACACCAGAGGUAAUAAAGCAUUUACCACUGCCUUAUGAUGAAGUUAUCUGUGCUGCAAACUUAAAGAAAUUGAUAGUGAAGAAAUUUCACAGAUAUGAAGAAGAGAUUGAUAUCCACAAUGAAUUCUUUCGGCCGUAUGAACUGAGCAGUUUUGAUGAUACUUUUUGCUUGGCUAUGACAAGUUCUGCACGUGACUUUAUGCCUAAGACUGUUGGCAUCGAUCCAAGCCCAUUCACUGUGAGGAAACCAGAUGAAACUGGAAAAUCAGUGUUGGGAAACAAAGCCAAUAGAGAAGAAGCCAUAUUGCAGCGGAAAACAGCAGCCAGCGCCCCGCCGCCUCCCAGCGAAGAGGCUGUGUCCAGCAGUUCCGAUGAUGACUCUGGGACUGACCGUGAAGAGGAGGGCUCUGUGUCUCAGCGUUCCACCCCUGUGAAGAUGACCGACACAGGAGACAGUGCCAAAGUGACCGAGGUGCUGGGCAAGGGAAGUUCAUAUGAGAGCAAAAAAAUGUCACAUUGUCUCACUCCCUGUGUGGUGCCUGAGGCACCACCCAAGAAUAUGGUCCAGCCCAUGAAAGAGGUAUAUGGAAUUAACCUCUCAGAUGGCCUUUCAGAAGAAGAUUUCUCUGUUUAUUCAAGAUUUGUACAGCUGGGGCAGAGUCAACAUAAACAAGACAAGAGCAGCCAGCAGCUCUGUUCCAGGUGCUCUGUUGGAGUUAUAAAAUUAACACCUAUCUCAGCUUUUUCACAAGACAGCAUCUAUGAAGUUCAGCCCCCCAGAGUAGACAGAAAAUCUACAGAGAUCUUCCAGGCCCACAUCCAGGCCAGUCAAGGGAUCAUGCAGCCCCUAGGAAAGGAGGACACUUCCAUGUACCGAGAGUACAUCAGAAAUCGAUACCUGUGAGGAGUGCAGGGCCAUGGGGGCCCUGAGAGGGACCGAGGAAGUCACAUUAUAAUCUGCUCUGUCUCAUCUGAAAGAAGUAAUUUUCCAAAUUCCUUUGCAUCUGAAGUUUUUUCCUCUUUUUGUACCAUAUAAAUUAAAAAAUAUAAUAAAGAAAUGGUUGAAUAUUUUGCUGUCA